CAAUACAAAAAAUCAGACACACAUACACAUUUCGGGCACUCGCGCGAACUGCAAGCACGCGGAAAAUGUACAGCGAACGCGUGCGCGUACCUACGCCAGAAUCGAGCUCCGGAAAAGGCCCGUUUUACCCCAAUAUUUUGGUCCGACUGCUGUUUGCUGGUGGUAGUGGUAGUAGCAGCAGACCGUCUUCUACAUGCCCGGUGUAUCGCUUGAGUUAGACAAUCGUACAAGAAGAGAUAAACAAAACCCGAACUGGACUGAGUGGUUUAUUUGGGACGUGGAACGAUUUGUUUGCUUUGCCAAGCCUCUAUCUUGGCUUUUGUUUUGGUCGCCUGGUUCGUCGCGAGGGAAGACGGUGUUCGUGUGGAUUGGUCGCGGUACGACGCACGACGCGGCCAACGAGACACGCGCACUACCACCCACUCGUCAGUGGAGCGAGCAACCCCAGCACUCGGCCCCGGGAAAAGAAGAAAGAUUUUGUAUCAGGACUUUCAAUCUAGUAGCACAUUCCUCUGCUAAGAGACCUGCUGUGCCAGCUUGUCCGGGGGGAAAAACAAGAAAUUUCCAUAUCUGCACGACAAAUGGGCCGCCGGGCUGGUCGUUGAUGGUACAAGUGUGCGAUUUAGUUGUGCAAGUGUUUGAGUGAGCGUCUGUUGGCACCAAAUGUCGUUCUGAUAAUAGAAAAAGCUCGAAGAUUGCUCGACAAACUACACGCUUCCAUCCUCGUGACUUCUCGAACUGAGCGGAUAAAGUUUAAUGCAACACCGUGGUGUGUCUGGUUUGGUGGAAAAAUGCGAUCGGAAUGCUACAACGGCAGCGGUGCCAGCACUUCCUCUCCCAAGCGACGGGUCAACGUAGUAGGCAAUGGGAGGUCCCAUCAUCACCACCAGCGGCAGCACCAUGCAGCAGGCGGCGCAAAUACCCACCGGGACACGACGACACAUGACAGAGGCACAGACUCACCACCCACCCUGACCGAACUGCCACCGUCCAGCGGAUCCUUUCUACACAUAUCAAUCACCAAGCUGGCCAUCGGAAGCCGCCUGUUCGUGAUAGUGCUUCAGCUGGUUGCUAACCUUCUCCUGCCAGACCACGAAGCAGGCGUGUUUGUGGCACCGAGCGACAAGAACGCACCGGAGCGACCACUGGACGCACUGGUGCGACUCGCGCUCGGCGGUCUGAACCGGUGGGAUGGCCAAUACUUCCUGCACAUUGCCGAGCACGGCUACACGUAUGAAAAUGCGCUCGCCUUCUUCCCGCUGUUCCCAUUCAUCCUGAAAAUUGUGUGCAGCUCGCUCAGCAGCUACGAGGUGAUCACCUUCGUGAGCUAUCGGGAGCUGUCGCUGCUGCUGGCGGUGCUGCUGAACGUGGUGUGCUUUACCGGUGCAGCGAAAGCGCUCUAUCGGCUGAGCAAGCACGUGCUCGGCAAUCAGAAGAAGGCGGAGAUUGCCGUGCUGCUGUUUUGCUUCAAUCCGGCGUCCAUCUUCUUCACCGCCCCGUACACCGAAAGUCUGUACGCGUGGCUGUCGUUCGUCGUAAUGUACCAGUGCAUCGAGGACGUGACGUCGAUCUUCCUGACGAUCCCGCUCAGCCUGUCGAUACUGUGCCGCUCGAACGGCAUGUUCAACAUCGGGUUCGUGCUGUACUUUGCCGUGCGCCGGAUCGUCGCCCAGUACAACGUGCACAACGUCAUCUGCAUCUGUUCGCGGCUCUUCUCGAUGCUGAUCAUCGUGCUGUUCCACUACGGUAUCGCCCAGGUGUACAACUACUAUCUGUUUUGCUUCGUGCAGAAGUUCAACUUUCCCGACCACGUGCGUGAGUACGCGGCGGAGCAUGGGCUGGUGCUGGCCGGCAACAAAACGGACGACUCAUCGCCCUGGUGCACCAACCUGGUGCCGCUGUCGUACUCGUACGUACAGAGCCACUACUGGAACGUGGGCUUCCUACGCUACUACGAGCUGAAACAGCUGCCCAACUUUCUGCUCGCCCUGCCGGUCGUGUAUCUCGUACUGAGCAACUCGUACCAGUAUCUGUGCGAACACUGGGAGUACGCCCUACGGUUGGGGCUGUUCCGGCUGACCAAAAAGCAGCACAAGGUGAUGCGCCCCUACGAUCGGUUUGCGCUCGUGUUUGUCGUGCACGCGCUCGUGCUUACGCUCUUCUCGCUGGUGUUUGUGCACGUGCAGGUUACGACGCGGCUCCUGUGUUCGGCCAGUCCCGUACUGUACUGGUACACGGCCGAAUACUUUACCGGGGAGCGAGCGUUCAUCAAGCGGCAAGUUAUCCGCAAGCUGUCGAAGCAGGUGAAGGAUGGCGAGGAAAACAGCUGCACCCACGUGCUGAACCACAUCGAGCUGAGCGAUUUGCUUGACUUUCGCUGGAUGAACGGCCGGCAGCAAACGAUCCUGGUGUACUUCCUCGGCUACACCAUCGUCGGGACGGUGCUGUUUAGCAACUUUUACCCGUGGACUUAAUGAAAGAGGGAGAAUCUGAGCGAACUGCAGCGAUCAUCCUUCUUUCCUUCUUUCGCAGCUACAAAACAAGCAGCUACUCGCUCUCUCUCUGUGUUGUUGACCAAAGCUAAAAGACGGUUACCAAGAACCAGGACACAAAUUCUACUCUAAACAUUGGGAUUACACUUAUCUCGUGCCUUUUUCGCUCUACUACAUACAUACAUACAUACAUACAUAUUGCCAAAACCGAACGACAAAUACCAAAAUUUGAGGGGCAGCAGCAAGGUGAGCACAGAACCACAAUGGUUUUCAACCGAAUGGGUGGGUUCACGCUGACUGCGUCGAAACGAACGAAAACUUCCAAUUCGAAAUUGACCAAAGUUUCGCUUUCUAUUUGCUCAUUGUUAAAUUACAAAAUUUGCCAAAUUAUUAGGAAAUUAAUUGGAGCGUUACGUACUAUCGUUUCCUUCGACCAUGUUCGAACCCGGACUGUGUUCUUUUGUGUUAGCAUUAGCCCGUAGACUAGUAGAAUGUAUUGCUAUAAUUUAAGGGGUUUUAAAAUUGAAAGCGAGAGCGAGCAGAACCGGUUGUUAGCGAAUCUUAAGCUUAAGCGCGCUAAAAUGUUCUGGUUAACAUUAUUGUUGUGUUCCGGGGACAAUGUAGUUAUCUCUAUCCAACUUUGCCUUGCAUUACCACCGAAAAGGAACAAAUCUGUCGUCCGGCACUGCUGCUGCUGUGGCGCCAACGAACCAAUGGAUGGGCUUUGACUGUUUUAGUUAGAAAACAUAAGGAAGCAAAACGUGGUCAGUGUUUCUGCUACAGCAGCAAACCCGUACUACAACAGCUAAAACGCAACGCAUGGAUCAAUGGAAAUGUGGACAAGUGGGUGGAUCGGAUCAAACAAAAGUCAAACUUGCAGAGCUACCAUAUAUAGAUAUACACAUAUACAGAUAGCGACUUUACUUAAAAAAUAAAAGAAAAUACUAUAUACAUGUUUAAACUCGAGUCAACUAUAUACAUAUAUAUACAUAUACUUAACAUGGUUUUUAACCAUCAUUAGACUUUACAAAGCAGAGCUACUGUGGGUUGCAAUAGUAGUGGUAAGACUCGCAAACCGGACGAACACGAAAUAUUGUGGAGUGAAAACAGCUGACAAAAGAAAACGAAACUGUAUCUUAAAACAAAAUCAUUAAAAAACAACAUGUUAAAGCUAUUCUCUUGCGAUAGAAGUGCAUAACUAUUAUGUAGAUUAAACAAACAGCAACACUAAACACUUGCGUCGUACGUACGUGCGUACGUACACCCUAAACAGAACAGAACGAAAACAAUCAAAUGAAAUAUUUCCUAAUUAUAUAGAAAGACGGGCAAUCGAACGAACUUAACAUAUUGUGAGAAACGGCGGACGAAGCAGACGGUAGCAAACGUUGGUUUUCCACUAGGAUUAGACGUAUUUCAAUUCAAGUUGUUGUUGUUUAUACAAUUUCAAAACAUUACUUACUUCGGGGGAGAAAUAGGUUAACGGUAACGAGAGGAAGCGAACCCGAUAACAUUAGCAAAAAAUACAGGAGUAUCGCGUUUUACACAACACUUUCUACACACUCUAUUCUGUGUAGAGUAGGGUUUCGACUAGAGCGAGAACAACAAGUUAGUGAUUAGUUAGUAAAAAUCGAGAAAAUUUACAAACGUAAACCAAUUUAAACCAAACAUAAUCAAUCAUAUAAAUGCAAGAUGCUAAUGCAAUUAAUACACUGUCGCACAGUAAUUAAAUAAUUAUCAAACUAAAUAGAAAUGAAUUAACACAAAAAUGAAUGAAAAAACCAUAACUUCCUCACACAUAAAUAAUCAAAUCAAUUACUAAACUAAACUGCAUUACUUAAACUGCAGCUUCAAACUCCAAAGACACGCACAUACCACUCUCACCGGUCGUGCUUUACAUAUUAUCCAUUCGAUUUUAACUACUUUUAAUAACUUAUGAACUAAAAAGGAAUAAAAAAUUGACGAAAAAACCAUUCAAUUAGGCACGCUUAAUAGAAGCGAAAAGAAUGGAGUUAAAAGGAAGGUGCGCCCUAGUGAGACGUGUUCUUUAGUCAUUCGCAUUCGUAGUGGACAAUUCAGCUACUUAUUGGAGGAGGUUACUCCCAUUCUUUUGCGUAAUUACGAUUUCAAUGUGCAAUAUAUUUCUCGCUCGCGUAACCAGUUUGUACAAGAGCGUGUAGAGCAAUUAUCAAUUAAAAGAAUUAAAGUAUUUAAAGCGCUACACAUAAUUGAUCUAUUUGAACGAAUCGAACUUAUUGCAAAAGACAUUAGUAGGGCCGGCAGUGGGUAGUUUUCAGUACAGUACGCACAGUACAGAGCUAUCGAAAUUGAUUGGAACGUCUCCCCAUUACCUCUAUAAUCGUUGAAAUCCGCUUUUAAAAUUCAAAGAGUUUAGUGCAAUACUAUCUUCGAGGACGUUUGUUAGACAAUAUCUAGUUUCACUGUUGGACUAUUUCUGAUAGAAAAAACUGCAAUAAACUGUUUCUCAUUCGAA